AUGGCCGACAUCGAAGCUCUGGUGUCAGCUCAGGCAGGCCAGAUCGACUCUACCAACCCCGCGACCGAAGAUGCGCCCCGACCCGAGGGCGACAACAAGUUCCAGCAUGCCAUCUCGGCCUGGAGGACAAUCGACUACACAAACCUCAUCUCGAACCUAGACAACACUGCCUCAGAGAUCGUCACGUACCAGAGAGAUUCCACUAUUCAGCGGAAGGAUCUUGCCCAGAAGACAAAGGACUUUCGAAAGCUCGACGAUGGUGCCAAAUUGACCGAGAUCAAGGGCUUGUUGAAAGCCUACCAGGGAUUCAUCGAUCUGGUGACGAACCACUCCAAGUCAAUCAACUCGACUUUCCUCCAGGCGUACACCUCUCUAUCCGAGGCCCCUGACCCAUACCCGCUGCUCGAGGCCUCUGUGGAUGCCAUGCUAGUGUCAGAGGACACGGUGCCAAAGCUAUCCGAAGAAAACGAGCGCCUACAGCAGUCAGUCAGUACGCUGACGUCACAGUUCGAGGAUACCGAGGCCAAACUACAGACGGAGACGACGGCGCGUCGGGAACUGGAGAACAACCUCGAGACCCGAGUCAAGGAGGUCGAGGCCACCUGGACUGCUGUGGUCGAAGAGAAGAAGGGCAAUUGGGAGGCCAAGGAGAAGGCUCUGGAAGACAAAGUAGAGAACCAGGAGCGCCUGCUGAACGAAAUCAAAGCCAGCUAUGAGGUCAGCCAACGCCUCGGCAAGACUGACGACGGCGAGGAGUCGCAGGGUGGUCAUGUUGCAAGCGCCGAACUCGAGAUGCUCAGAUCCGACGUUGAGCGCACGAGUGCCCGCCUGGCCGAGAUGGAGGCCAGGAAUGAACAGCUGCGCCUAGACCUGGCCCAGGCCAAGACUCAGGCCUCGGCAUCGUCUGCUACAACGCUCGAGGACGAUCCUGGCUACAUGCGAAUGCGAUCAGAAAACUCCUCUUUGAUGCGUAAGCUGGAUGCCUCUAGGGUCGAGAAGGACGGCAUGAAACGCGAUCUCGACACCAGACUGCGCUCCAUAGAGAGAGAAGUCGGCCUACUGAAGGAAGAAAGAGACAAUCUCAAGGCAAAGGUCCAGAAAUGGAGCGACUACGACGACGUGAAGCAGGAGCUCGAGGUUUUGAAAAGCAUCGAGUUUGCAACAGGAGAAGAAGAUGACGACGUCACGGAGACAAGUGGCGAAGACAGCUCUACCGCCAAGCCAGGUAGUGAUACUCUCGAGAAGCUCCUGCUGGCGCGCAACAAGAAGCUUGGCGAUGAGUUGACCAUUCUACGCGUCUCGCAUCAAGACCUGCAGUCCAAACUGCAGGACCUCCAGGAAGAGCUGUCUCGAACCAACGCCGAUCUAGAGAGGUCGCAAAACCUCAACGAGAAGCUAGAGAACGAUCUAGCCGAUGUUCAGUCGGAGUCAACCAAUGCCUUCCCAUCCGGUGCCUCGGUGGCCAUGAGCAGAUACGCGCCAUCGGUUGCCCCUGGCAGGAGGGGCGGGGGAAGGAUUUCUCCAACCUCUUCCAUCAUCAGCGGCAUCGAUCCCCGCAUGGGCGGUGGCGAACCCAUGGGCGGCGGAUCAGGCAUCCUGCCCAUGGUCACGGCGCAACGUGAUCGUUUCAAGAAGAAGAACGCCCAAUUGGAGGGAGAGCUUUCAGAGACGCAUCGGACAGUGUCACAGCUUCGGCAAGAGAUCGCCUCUCUGCAGAAGGACAAUCUGAACUUGUACGAGAAGACUCGAUACGUCUCGACGUACAACCGCGCUGGUCCAUCGGCGGCGUCGUCAUCGGCAGCGUUUGGCUCGAACCCUAACCCCUCGACGGUGCCCAUUGGCGGCUCCGGCACACCGGGCAUGGCCAUGGACAGAUACCAGAAGGCGUACGAGUCCAACAUUUCACCGUUUGCACAGUUCCGCGGGCGAGAAUCGGCGAGAGCGUACAAGAGGAUGAGCCUACCCGAGCGCAUGGUGUACACGAUCACGCGGAUGGUGCUUGCGACACGCACGAGUCGAAACCUGUUCGCAUCAUAUUGCGCGGCGCUUCACCUAUUGGUCUUCAUAUCGAUGUACUGGCUGGUUAUGACAGACGUGGACCACCAUUACACGGCCAUGACGAACUCGGCCGUGGGCGGCUCGGUGGUGGGAGGGAUCGUCGACGGAGGGAUAGCGGGAGAGAAGGACUGGCCUCAGUAA